AUGGUGGCAUAUGGGAUAGAAGCAAUUCAAUACAGUGGUAGAUGGGAAAUUAUUACGCCAAGUAGUGGUAUCUAUGUUCGUAAUUUGCCACCCCAAGAUGCGGAUUACUUUUUGUGUCCGAACUUUCACCGGGUUUCUCUAGAACCAAUCAAAAACAUGAUUCCCCCGCUCAUAUCAUGGCUCCAUAUAUCUUCUCGCCCAAUAGGCUACGUCUUCUCUGUCGCUCUGUUGCGCAGAGUGCGGGGCUUCAAGAGAAUAUCAAACUCAAGGCAGCGAAUAGUUCCAGACUUUCUGACCGCCCUCUUCCACACAAACUGUGUCGUUGAUAUCGAAAGAGUAUCUACGAAAUCCGACUCAUUCGUAACCUCCACAGGUCCAUAUCAUCCUGAGCACAGCAUGGACAAAUACAAAUUUCCCACUGAACCCAUUGCGAACCCAGAGUCGCUGGUCACCGGUCCGAACUAUCGCUUUACUGUGAUUGAUGACAUCGUUUUGAGAUAUGAGUGGUCCGAAGAUGGUGUCUUCGAAGACAGGGCAUCGACAUUUGCCAUCAAUCGAAACUUCUCUAAACCAAACUUUCGAGUCGAGGAUGAAGAAUCUCAGCUUCAGAUAUUUGGACCCGCAUUCCAGCUGACGUACGAUAAAAAGAAGUUCAGUUCAAAUGGAUUUCUCGUUUCCUUCACCAGUAAGCUCAUGGAUAUGCUGAGCGAGUGGCGUUACGGUGAUGCGCCACUGAUGAACCUCGGAGGCACAGCAAGAACUCUAGACAACAUAGAUGGAAGGCUAGAUAUGGGUACCGGAAUUCUCUCUCGAACGGGGUUUGCAGCUCUAGAUGAUAGCCACAGCAUGCUAUUCGAUGGCAGUGCAUUCGUGGCUCCUCGUCGGUCAGGUGGUCGUGUUGAUGGUUACCUGUUUUGUUGCGCCCACAACUAUCGGGACACCAUGAGAUCAUUUUACGCUAUUUCUGGUCGCCAACCGAUAGUACCACGAUACUGCCUCGGGAACUGGUGGAGCAGAUAUCAUGCUUACACUGCGUCUGAGUAUUUGGAAUUAAUUGACAACUUCAGGGCUCACGGCAUACCUCUGUCCGUCGCUGUCAUCGAUAUGGAUUGGCAUAUAGUGAAGGGUGAUAAUGUCCCUCACGCUGGUUGGACUGGGUAUACGUGGAACAAGGCUCUGUUCCCUGACCCUGAUUCAUUCAUGCAGUUGCUGCAUGAGAAAAGACUGAAGACUUCCCUCAAUGACCACCCACAUUCAGGAGUUCAUUGCCACGAAGAUAUGUAUGAGGAGAUGGCACGGGUCCUUGGUCAUGAUACAACCCACCGUAAACCGAUUCUUUUCGACUCUACCUCCCAAGACUUCAUGUAUGCAUAUUUGAAUGUUCUCCAUCGACACUUGGAAGAGCGAGGAUGCGACUUUUGGUGGAUUGAUUGGCAACAAGGCGAAAACUCCCGUGUGCCUGGAAUUGAUCCCCUGUGGAUGUUGAAUCAUUUCCAAUUUCUCGAUACCAAGCAACGCACUGUCAGAGAACGCCCAAUUAUCUUUUCUAGAUAUGCUGGUCCAGGAAGCCAUCGCUAUCCAGUGGGCUUUUCCGGCGAUACCAUUGUAACAUGGGACUCCCUUGAGUUCCAACCGGAAUUCACAGCUACAGCCUCUAAUAUUGGUUACGGGUGGUGGAGCCAUGACCUCGGGGGGCAUCUUUGGGGAUAUCGCGAUGAUGAGCUCACAGUUCGUUGGAUACAGUUUGGAGCCUUUUCACCAAUCUUACGCCUGCAUUCCACUAGUAGCCGCUGGAUGUCGAAAGAGCCGUGGCGAUACCGGCCUGAGAGUGACGCUGCUCUACAAGCCAUACUGCGGCUACGCCAUCGACUCGUGCCUUACAUCUUCUCUAUGAACAUUGCCGGCUAUGAGUCUGGCACGCCACUGAUACAGCCAAUUUAUUGGAGCUUCCCAUCCCGUGAUAUAGCCUAUAAGGUUCCAAACCAGUACUUCUUUGGAUCCGCCCUUGUGGUUGCUCCCAUAGUACGUCGGCGGGAUUACAGAACGAAUCGAGCGCACGUCAAAGUCUGGGUUCCACCGCAACGCCACGUUGAUAUCUUCACCGGUUUAGUCUAUGAUGGCGAUCGAGAGAUUAAUCUGUAUCGUCCAUUACACCAGAUACCAGUCCUAGCCCGUGAGGGCUCGAUCAUCCCAUUAGACAAGGAACUUAUGCCAGCCAAUGGUUGUGCCAAUCCUGAAUCCUUCGAAGUGCUUGUUGUUGUAGGUCAGGAUGGACAAUUCACAAUCCGAGAAGAUACCCGAGAUGAUGAAGGGUCGCACGGAACGGAAGAGCACAUAAGAUCGAUACCAAUCAAGUUUGAUCAAGCUCUUGGGAGACUCGAAACUAUGGCUACCGGCAGAGCUUGGACAUUCCGGUUCAUUGCAAUGCUCAGUACAUCAAUUCCAAUCAGAGUCUUGAUAGAUGACUCUAUAUCAACUGAAGCGAUCAUUAGUGUUGAAAGCUUCCCCAACCUGCCAAGUACAAAGGUCGAGCUUCCCGCUACCCCGAAAAUAGAUAAUUCUAUCGUCAUCGAGCUCGGACCUAAUCCACAGUUAUCUCCCCUGAGCUUGUCACCGGUGGUAAGCAAUAUGAUUGAGGAUUACCAGAUCGAGAUUGCUGUAAAGAAUAAUAUAUGGGAGAUCUUCCAAGCAUCCCAGUCAGCAAGUAUCAAGGCCAGCAGGCUUCUGAUGUCGCUUAACGAAGCUCGGAGGGUACCGAGCAAUACCAUUGAUGCUGUUGGAAUAGUCUUCCUGGACUCCCUUUUCUUACCCUCAUGUGAGUACGAUCUUGCCAAAAUUGCUGCUCUCAAAAGAUCAAGCAAAAGCCUGAGAUCAGAAGACGAUGUCGCUAAGAUUGCUAUACUUGUGGGAUCAAGCAAAAACCAAAGACCAGAAGUUGACCCCACUGGUCUCGCUGAUCUCCACACAUUAGAGCCUUGGCUGGGGCUCAGAGCCUGGGACUGGGGCUCAGAGCCUGGGACUGGGGCUCAGAGCCUGGGACGCAGCUCGGGAUCUGGAGAUAUUAUGUUCCGAAGCUCGGUGUAUAUAAGGAGAGCCCUCAGCUCUCUUAGAUAG